AUGAGCCUCCACCGCGUCCCCAACGCGGACAAGGGAGCUCGAUAUCUCGGACUGCUCGACCAUGCCCUGUGCCAUGGGCAAUGGAGUGACGUGCCCGAACUGGCGAGAAAGGUGGAAAAGCAUGCGCCGCAGAGGAAAUCUCUCACCCUCGCCGCUCGAGCCGAAUGCCACGUCGUCACCGCCUCCCACCGCCCGACAUCUGCCUCCUCCGCCACGACGACGAGCAUCCACGGGUUGACCGAAUUGCUGCCUCGAUUACGGGAGGCGGUCACUACAGCAGAAAGUACCCAUCCCGAUGAUGCAACCAUUGCCAGCACAUGUUUGGCGGGAAUCUACUGGCUGCAGGAGGCUCCUCUGGAAGCACUCAAAGUGUUGGAUGCGGGUGCGGGACAGUCCUCGGCAGGUCCAGCUGGAAACUCGACUCUGGGCUGGCUAGAAGUGUGUCAGGUUAAGGCGGCCUACAUCCACGCGUCGUGUAUGGAGGCGAGUGGGAGACAGAGCGAGGCGAGAGAGUACUACCAUGCUGCUGUCCUCCGCACUCCCGGAUAUCGGAGUCCCGAGCUGCGAAAAUGGACGGAGAGACUGUUGGCCCAGGCAUGUCUCUACAGCGUCAAGACCAUCCCAUCGCCCUCCACGCAGGACUUGGGCGAGACAUACACCGCCUUCAAAGCAUGGGGCGAGUUUUGGGAACGCAUUCCUUCCAAGGAGGAAACGACGACAUCAGGUCAGGACAUUCCCCGAAGACAGGUGUGGAAGGCCUACUACGAUCUGUUGUCCACCAUCUUACAGCGCGGCCUUGUCUUCAACCCCGACGCACAAUCUAGCGAGGAUCUGUUCAUUCUGCCUCUCAACACAUCCACCAACCAACACACACAUCUCAAACUUCGCCAGCGGUCAGAGAUGCAGCGUGUGGAGUCGACGCAUGAAUCCCUCCUCCUGGCCGAGAUCAAGUUCCCCAAAGCCAGCCAAGCGAGUACGGAAGUGGAGGCAUGGGCGCAGCAAGUCAUGGCGAAUUGGAAGGUCUACUCGGGCUCGGCAUGGACGGAUGCCGACCUAGGAGACGGCGGCAAGACGGGCGUCUCCCGCUCGGUGCUGGACAUCCUCUACCGAGCAGCCACAAAGAGCUUCCAUUCCACUCCCAUCCUGAGGCAUCUUUUCACGGUUCAUGCCGCUCUCGGGGAAUUCGACUUGGCCCUGCAUGCUUUCGAGAGCUACCUGGAGAUUGUCGACAAGGGCAAGGCGCGGGCCGAGAAGACCGGGCAGCUUCAAUUUGGCUUGGAUGAUGACGAUACUGCAAUGCUUACCGCGGCUGAGGCUGUUCGUGUUCUCUGCCGCUAUGGUGAUAGAGAGCAUGUCGAGCGAGCCGUGACGGUGAGUGGCUCGAUGCAAAAGUGGCUGGAUCAUAAAAGACCGGCAACCGCGGACAGCACGACCUCUGCCUCCUCCUUGUUGCAAAAGACCACCCUGGCCGCAAACUACAGAGCAUUGGGCAUCAGCCAAGCACACUGGGCCCAGCUCACAUACGAGUCGGAGGAGAGAUCCAGAUUGUUGACCGAAGCUAGCAACCACCUCAUGCGAGCCCAAAGGUACGAUCCUGCCAACAUUGACACCGCAUAUGCUCUCGCUCUUGUGUUGGCAGAAACGCGGGAUGUGUCCGGUGCGAUUGAAGUCAUAAGAGGCGUCAUCGAACCCGAAGAGAGUCCUGUUGUACUCACUGCUGGCCUCGCACCAAUCUCACCCUUGGAGCGGAAAAGGCAACUCAUCCCACUCUGGCAUCUGCUAGCUUUAUGUCUGACUGCUCAGGAUGAUUUCGAGGCCGCUGAACAGAUGUGCCAAGCUGCAUACAAACAAUUUGGCAAUCCAAUGGUGCUGUUCGGUCAACCCAUGGAGACUAUGCUUCGCGAUCCUGAAAAGGCGACUGUCAAGCAGCGAGGUCUCAUUGAUCAUAUGGAAGGCUUGGAGAAGGAGAGCAUUCUGCAAAUUAAAAUGACAGAAAUCAUGCUACUUGAGCUGACCGAGGGAGCCGAGACUGCCGUUGACCUUGCGGACGAGCUGUUGGGUCUCUACUCAAGGCUGUUUGGCAGCCCCGAUAACAAAGUAAGCAUCAUGAAGCCGACUGCGACAUCCGCCGUUCCACCGCCCUCGAGGCUGGGAGGAACAUUGAGAAGCAUUGCUGGUAGCAUCCGACCGAGGUCUAGACGUCGUAGCAAUGCCACUGGCACAGUCAGGGCGCAAUCUGUGGACUCUGAAGCCGCCGGCACAUCUUCCCCUGCCUCUCGCGAACUGGCGGAUAGAACAAAUGAACAGCCUGCUGCUCCCCCUCCGAUCUCGAUCACUGUCCCGGACGACAGCCCAGCUUCUGCGGAAAAGUCCCACGGCCACCACCUUCAUCUGCCCCACAUUCCGCAUCAUCCUUUUGGUGGACGUAAUCACGGCGGCGAUGUUGCUGCAGAUUCGAGGAGCGCGUCAGAUGCCGGAGGAAGCGAGGGGGUUGAAGAGAGGAGCACUCCAUCCCGUUCACAGGUCCAGCCUAGCCUAAACACGGGGCAGCCGAUGGGUGAAAUCCCGCACAACGAACCGCACAACGAGCUACCACCACCGCCUGGUCACGUGGAGCAACCUCCAACCCAAGAUGUCAGACUACCCACGGCCCAUCCGGCCUCCAAGUCGGUGGUUCCCGAAACUCAACUCCUACCCAUGCAUGAGAGACGGCAUCGAUUCGGCGUUCUCGUACGAACAUGGCUCUUCAUUGCGGGUUUGUACAUUCGGGCGGAAAUGUACGACGAUUCCGAAACUGCAGUGCAGAACGCGGCAAAGUUUGUCGACAUGCUGGAGAUUGAGCUGGCAGGGUCAGAUAGCGGGACUAACGCGCGAAGACUGUUCCAUAAAGGCUGGGGUGGUGGUGACAGCAUCGAUGCGUUGUGGGCAGAUGUUUGGUCGACUAAAGCGCAUCUCGCAUUGGCCCGCGAGCAUCCUUUCGAAGCCAUGGCGCAAUACGAACAAGCUCUGUCACAUUUCCCAGACCACCCGGCCGGCAUCAUCGGCAUAUCAAAUCUUCUCAUGGACAUCUACGAGGAGAAGCUGCCCGCCGAAGAACCCAUCGUCCCACUCCGCCCUCUCCCCACCGCGCCAAUCGCGCUCCUAGGCGACGCCAAACCCACAGUCUCCCGACCAACCUCCUCGGCCUCGACCGUCCCAUCCAGACGUCCUUCCCUAGUCAGCGACGUGCCUGAUGUGGAAACCACCAUCCAGAACCCCACUCCCGCAGAGCUCAACCGUCUGGCCGCGCGCGAUCGAGCGUACAUGCUCCUUGCCAAUCUCACUAAACUCGGGGCGGGAUGGGAUGAUUCCGAGGCUUGGUUGACGUUUGCGCGAGCGCAUGAACUUGGUGGGGAAAUUGGCAAGGCGAAGGAGGCUUUGUGGUGGGUGGUGGAAUUGGAGGAUUGGAGACCUGUGAGACGUUGGAGGGAUGUCACUGCGGGGGUUUAUGCGCUUUGA